AUGGUGUCCCCCGUCACCGUGGUGAAGAGUGAAGGCCCUAAACUGGUCCCCUUCUUCAAAGCCACUUGUGUCUAUUUUGUCCUCUGGCUGCCAACUUCCAGCCCCUCUUGGUUCAGUGCCCUCAUUAAAUGUCUGCCCAUCUUUUGCCUGUGGGUUUUCCUUCUGGCUCAUGGGAUUAACUUCUUAGUGUCACACCGGAGUGCCAGCCGCAUCCUAGCGGGACUCAUAUUCUCGGCAGUGGGAGAUGCCUUUCUCAUCUGGCAGGAGCAAGGCUACUUCAUUCAUGGUCUGCUGAUGUUCGGCAUCACACACAUCCUGUACUCUUCAGCCUUUGGCAUGAAGCCUUUGGACCUCAAGGCCGGCUUGCUGAUGGGCGUCGUUUCCAGUUCCUGCUACGCCUUCCUGUACUCCUACCUCUCGGGCCCCUUCACCUACCUGGUGGCCGUCUACAUCGCCCUCAUCGGCUUCAUGGGCUGGCGGGCGGUGGCGGGCGUGCAGCUCUGCAACGACCUGUGGACGUGGACCAAGCUGUCGGCCUGCGUGGGCGCCAUGCUCUUCAUGGUGUCGGACCUGACCAUCGCGCUCAACGAGUUCUGCUUCCCCGUGCCCUACUCGCGCUUCAUCAUCAUGGCCACCUACUACGCGGCCCAGAUGCUGAUCGCGCUCUCGGCCGUGGAGACCAGGGAUGAGGAGGACUUCAGGAAGAGGAGCUAG